GCCCUUUUCCUCACCACAUCGUCCCUGUGGUGCCUCCAACUUUGCACUCCCCCAACCCCCCACCCCUCUAUCACCCCGAACCGAAGUCUGCCCCUAGAACGCCCUCGUCGACGAGAUAUGAGCUGAUCUGACGGUGGAGAAGGACGGAACUGCGCAACCUGCGAAACUUCUCGGCCUUGGCUGCUCCAUGGCCAAUAUGACGGUCAAUGAGGCCUUUGCACCGGUGCUCUCCGCCCUGGCCGUGAUGUCCAGUGGCGCGGACAAGACGCAAAAGACACAGGCACACAACUACUUGGAGCAGUUCCAAAAAUCACAGGAGGCCUGGACCCACACAUUCUCGAUUCUGCAGUCAUCACAGUCCACCGAUGAGGCGAAGCUGUUCGCUGCAACAACGUUGAAGGGAAAGAUAAUCUUCGACUUUCACCAAAUCCCGCGAGACUCAUGGCCGCAACUCCGAGACACGCUGCUAGGAGUGGUUGCGCAGUACGCAAAGGGCCCAAAGCCCAUUCGGACGCAACUGUGUGUCUGUUUGGCCAAUCUGGCCAUACUCAUGCUGGACUGGAAAGACGUGCUGCAGACGGUGGUGAGCACUCUGGGCGGUGACCAGUCUGGCAUUGCCUGCGUGCUAGAGUUCCUUCACGUGCUCCCCGAGGAGGUGACAGAAGGGCGCAAGAUCAACCUGGCCGAGGAAGAGCUGAGGGAGCGACAAGUGGAGCUGCUGGAGAUGAAUGGACCGCAUGUUCUGCAAUUGCUGGUGCAAUACUCGCAGUCUUCGCCAGAGGCAGCCAAGAACCCGCAACUCAUGGAAUGCAUAACAUCCUGGAUCAGGGAAGUGCCGCUGAGCGAUAUCGUUCGCUCUCCUCUCAUGGGCGUGAUCAUGGCCGCAAUACAGGCGGAUUCGUCAUUCGACGCAGCGGUGGAGACGUUGUGCGGUAUCUUCAAAGAGACGAGAGAAGUGGACGAGAACCUGGACACCAUCAAGGUACUUUACCCGCAACUGGCGAGUCUAGCCCCCCGAAUCGCCGCUGCUUCAGAGGAAGAGGACUGGGAGACAUUUAAAGGUGUAACAAGAGUGUUUGCAGAAGCAGGCGAGGCGUGGUGCGUACUGGUUGCCCGCGAUCCUGUGCAAUUCAAAGCUCUGGUGGAAGCUGUAUUGGAAUGUUGCCGCCGCGACAAGGAACGCGAGGCUCUUAGUCAGACCUUCAACUUCUGGUACGAGCUCAAGCAGUACAUCACUCUCGAACGCUAUAUGGAGGCGCGAGUGCAGAUGGUCGACAUCUACUCCCAGCUAGUGGACAUCAUGAUCUCUCAUCUGCAGUAUCCUUACGGUGAGAACGGAAACGACUCGGACCUGUUCGACGGCGACCGAGAAGCAGAAGACCGGUUCCGCGAGUUCAGACAUCAGCUUGGAGAUGUGCUCAAAGACUGCUGCGAGGUCAUUGGCGUCACCGAUUGUCUUACGAAGAGCUACCUGCUGAUCGAGAAAUGGGUCGAGGAGUUCGGUGCACAGGCACAAAACGGCAAGGUCCCACAUUGGCAAAGACUGGAGGCGCCAUUGUUUAGCAUGCGAGCCAUGGGCCGUCAAGUACCGUCGGACGAGAACAUAAUGCUGCCACGCCUCAUUCCACUCAUUGUGCAGAUUCCUGAUCAGGAGAAAGUGCGUUUCCAGGCCGUGAUGGCACUGGGACGAUAUACGGAAUGGACAGCACAGCACCCGGAUACCCUGCAGGAUCAACUGAAUUUCAUCAUGGGCGCCUUCUCACACCCUUCGAAGGAAGUGAUACGAGCGGCGGCUCUCAGCUUCAAGUUCUUCUGCAACGACUGCGCGGAGCUACUCAAGGGCUACAUGCCUCAGAUACAGCAAUUCUACGAGGCGAAUCUAGAUGCACUUCCGUCAACCAGUCAAGAGGAGACCACUGAGGGCGUGGCUUCCGUCCUGGCCAGGCAACCACUGGACAGCCUCUACCCGAACAUGAAACUGUGCUGCGAUCCGAUCGUUCAGCGGCUCAUGACCAUGGCCCAGAACGCUACUGAAAAGGAGCAGAAGUUGGCAAUAGCAGAUCUGUUAAACCUCCUGACAAUAUUCGUGCAAUGGGUCACGCCAUAUGUCGGACCUGCAGACCCCAAUCCUGCCGUCCAGUACUGUCAGGAGAUCUUCCCGGUCCUGGCCACUAUCUGCGAGACCUUCAUCACCUUUGUCCCCAUCGUGGAGCGUGUGUGCCGGUGCUGGCGGUAUAUGGUUCUCUCAUAUCGUAUCCAUUCCGCGCCUCUGCUGCCUGGACUUGCAGAAAGACUCUCACAAGGUUUCGCCACGAGCCGUCAAGGCUGUUUCUUGUGGGCGACGGAUAGCAUCAUUCGCGAAUUUUCGGACGAGAGUGAAUACGUGUCGCGUCAGACCACCGAUCAGAUUUAUGCCUUUUACGAGCAGCAAGCGACUGCCUUCUUACGGGCACUCAACGAUCUCGCUCCCGAGGAAGUGCCCGACGUCAUCGAAGACUUCUUCCGAUUGUCCACUGAUGUGCUGCUCUACCAUCCCAACAAGAUCAUCGCGUCCGACCUGAUGGGUACCAUCCUUCGGGCUGCGACGACAUCGCUGACACUGCUCAAGGAAGAGCCCCUGAUUGCCACGCUUCACUUUCUCCGAGAUUUCUUGGCGCAUGGUGGCGAGGAUGCACCUUCUCCAGCGUUCAAUGCCACCGACGGCACCUAUAACAAUCGGCCAAAUCCACCACAGAUUCAGCAGACAGUCAAGGCAUUGAUCGGCGCCACGGGCGAAGAGCUGACGCAACGCUGUAUGACAGGGAUGAUGUACACUUUCCCGCCGGACUGCUUUCCCGACGCUUCGGGUGUCCUGCUUGCUCUCUUCCACCUGAUGCCUCGAGAGACAGCGGAGUGGGUUGGCAAGACGGUUGGCAUGCUUCCGGCGGGAUCCAUCGCUCCCCAGGAGCAAGAGCGUCUUUUGAGGAACAUUGGUCAACGCAUCGACAAUGGAGAGACUCGGAAGAUCCGAGUUCUUCUGCAAGACUUUACGAACGGAUACAGGCGGCGCAAUGUGGCCCCUCGCGAGGGGCUCGGCCGGUUGGAAGCGACCAAGUUUAAAUUCACUGGCUAGAAGUCAGAGGGAAAGCGGCGUUCGUUGGUGAUGCCGGUUGCAGCGGUUGCAGGCUCCGCUGUGUGUGAGAAGAGGGGUCGUGUCAUCACAGAAGAUGUUAGACAUGAUGACCAAGACCCGAAUGGUCUUGUGUGAUAUUGUAGAGAGUAUUGGCCAUUAUUGCUUCGAAGGGGCAGCCGCAAGACGCGCAUUGGAGGGAUCAUGGAACGUAUAGCAUGCCGCGGCAUCAGGGUGUGGUCCGAGUAUAUCUCACUGUCUGACUCUAGGUACUACACAGUAGCGACUGAGUAUGUAGGAGUAAUCAAGCCGCAUAACAG